AACAGUCUGCCAGAUGAGUCCUGCAGGGUCAGUACUCUCCACUAUCUGAUGCCUGGCAGGUAAGACAGGACGGGACUUGCUUUCUAGGCGGGGCUUCAACUUUGGGGACUUUGCUCGAAAAACGACAUCCAACAGUUUUUUCAUUCUCCCCCUCUCUCUCUGCUGACACUGCAGCAACCCGGCUUUCUAGGAUCUGAACUUGUAGGAAUAAAAGCUGCGGUGCAAAGAACCGAUCUGCAUCCAGACGGCGGCAUUAUGUUCCUGUUUAAGUUUAUAUGCGCGCUUAUUACUAGAAGUUUAUUUAUCCUGGUGUCUCUGACCGGCGUGUGGAGGGUGACAUGGGUGAAGAAGGAUCCCAACUACUGGUUCCUCACUUUCCUCUUUCUGCCGCUGGUCAUUGAAAUGAUAAUAACACUGAAGAGGAGAAAGGGACAAGACUACAAAUGGUUUUCUCCUCCGAUCUUUCUGUUCCUCAUCAGUAUCAUUCCCUCCAUCUGGCUCCUGGAGCUCCACCACCAGCAGGACAAAGCCAGCGACCCUCAGUGCAAAAGGCUCGACUCUUGGGAGAAUGUGCGGGAAUUGAUCACUGUGAAUGAAACCGUGGGAAACCUCACAACCCAGAACUACCUGAAGAGUAUUAACCAGUUGUUAUCGACCGUCUGUUCCAACGAUUGGAUCCUGGCUCUUCAUCAGAUCCUGCUCAUCCUCCUCAUCGUGGGGAAGUGGCUCCUCCCACUGGGAGGCGGAGUCACACGUGAUGAGCUCUCGCAGCUUCUCCUAAUUUUUGUUGGCACUGCGGCAGACAUCCUGGAAUUUACCAGUGAGACGCUGUCAGAUGUCAAAGAGAACAGCCCUGAGCUGGUCUACAUCAUCUUAGCCGUAUGGACUUGGAGCAUGUUGCAGUUCCCCCUACAUCUGGCCGUGGUGAACUCCAAGCCAAACAGUGAGGGAGAGGAGGGGUCCCAGGAGGUUUCCCUCUUAGCCAAGCGCAGCACGGACAUGUGGAGCAUCGUGGAGGCCUUGUUCAUCCAGGACGGGCCUUUCCUGGUGGUCCGGCUCACCGUCAUGACUUACUUCAACGUCUUCCACCAGAUGCUGGGGUUCUUUGCCAUCAAAAACUUCCUGGUGGUCAUACUGAACUUGUACAGGUUGGCGAUUAUAUGCCAGCACUUCAGCAGCAGCAGAACCAGCAGGGACAGCACCAUCCCGUGUGCUUGACGUCUCAUCUCACAGAGGGAAGAUAGGAAUCAGGGAGAUGGAUGGUUACACCCUAAAAACUGAAACAGGAGCAGGAAAACAAGGAAAUGCUUGCUUCUGUUUUCUUCUCACGGUGUACUCAACGCUGUGGGAUCAAGUGAUUGUGAAUAAUUAAUGCUGUUGGGAGCAGAAAACUGUGAACAACCAUUGUCUUACACUUGCAAGGGGAUGCUAAGUUCACAUUCCACACUUGACUCAUGUUGAAGCUCAUACUUCACCUCACUGACAUCCCACUCCCUGUGGAGCUAACCUCGCUGUUAGCUCAGUCAAAACACCUCCAUUUAUUCAGUAUUUAAAUGUGACUAUGUGUGCACACACACGGGCUGAGACCUGGUUUUAGUCGUGUAUAAAGUGGCCUUAUUGUUCAGGUUGUAACUGGUCUGACCUUAAAAAAGGGGACACAGAGGGAAAGCAGGAAGCAGAGCAGAAUAGGAAAAAGGUGUGGGGGGUCCAAGUGAAAAAUGCCACGUGUAAACAAAUAAUGCACGUUAUGUCAGCACAAUAAGGCAACGAAAGUAGUCCCAAAGCACCUACAGUAACUGAGGCCAGGCUACUGUUUGGAUAAGGAUCGGACAGAUUUCUAACAGUGAUGGCGUUUUGUUGAGCGGACGUGAAGAACAGGAAGACAGAGACAGAGAUAUAUUAGACGACAUAAAGGGCUGUGAAGUGUUGACUCGAACUGAGAACGACGGAGAGCAAUUUCCCCGUCUUAACCCCGACAGGAAGUUAAGACUGAGUGUGAAAACAUCUUAUAGUACUUUGAUAAAACCACUGUGUCAACACUGGAGAAGGAAGUGUCCAUGAAUUCUGAUUGUUUUUGACAUUUGAAUGGGAGAUUAUUUUUCCAAGCUUUGAUUGAUGUCUUUUUGUAUCUCUUGUGUAACUGUCCUUUAAAGGGUCAGUUCACCCCAAAAUUUUAAGUGCAUAUUUUUCCUCUUACCUAUUUAUCAAUCUAGAUUGUUUUGGUGUGAGUUGCUGAGUGUUGGAGAU